CACACAGUCACACUCACACGGCCACGUCCGGACUCCAGAGGCCUCGUCUUCAGUCUUCACCCUCUUUUCAACGGUUCCGGUGAGCCCCGAAAACCUAGGUCGACACGGCCAGCGCUGGUGUGACGAAGCGGGCGAGGCCGUCUGGCUGACUAUUGGCGGAACCGCGGAAGAAGCGCGCGUGAAUCUCCUGGAUUUACAGACUCGAGGGGGAGCUGAGAAAAGCACAGUUGAAUGGACCUUUAAAGUGCAAAGUUAGAAAGAUGGCAGGGGUGAGAGAACCAAAUUAGCUACCUGGAGCCUUCCUUCUGGGAUGUAAAGGAAGCAAGAUGGGUUGGGGAAUAUCAAGGUUGAUUGGACUGAAGGCUGCUGUCCUGCUUUCUGUGGCGUGUUUUUUCCAAGGAUUAGGAGUGAUCCUUAUCUCAUUUCCUCUCAUAUAUGCAUCCGUGAUUGCAAUACUAGUCUCCAUAGCUUCCCACCCAUCAAUUGAUCUUCCUUUACUUCUUGGCAAGGCAUCCGAUGGAAGUUUUCCGCUGUGGUCAUGGAUCAUCUUCUCACCAUUUCUUCUUUUCAUUCACCUGUUUGUGCUGAUACGAAGAUUUGUGAAAAACGAGCCCUUAUACACUGAGGUUGCAGAUGGAGUGUUUGUUGGAGGAUGGCCUUCUUCGGUUGAACACCUGCCACCAGGUGACCCUGCAAUCAUAGAUUGCACGUGUGAGUUGCCAAAAAGCUCAACUAUAUCUAACAAUGCAUAUCUGUGUGUUGCUACCUGGGAUACGAGGGCUCCUCAACCAUCACAAAUUGAGUCUGCCGUGCGAUGGGCUGUGAGACAGCGGUCACAGAACAAACCUGUCUAUGUCCACUGUGCCUAUGGUCAUGGCAGAAGUGUCUGUGUGAUGUGUGCGCUUCUUGUCGCAUUAGGAUUGGCUGAAGAUUGGAAAGCUGCUGAGCAAAUGAUCCAUGAGAAGCGACCUUCUAUUAGCAUGAACACUCUUCACCGCAAAAGCUUGGAGGAAUGGUCAAAACAUUUGCUCCCCUCUAAAAGAAGUGGGGAAGCAGAUGUGAGUUCUGUUAUCCAUUCGGAUUAUAACCGGAAAUAAAAUUAGACCAGCAAGAGACAGGCGUGUUCAGAUAUUUAAGAUGCAUUGUACAUUUGGUUGUAUUGUUUGCUCCUGUCCUAGUGAAUGCCUAUGGUUCAAGUUACCAUUUUGUGGUAAUUGUGUUGUAAAAACUAUAUGUAUCGAAUUAUAUUAGUACUGUAGCUUUACACAGUUAGUUCUUUACGGAAGAUUUAUGAGGUGUUUGGUUUGAUGAAUCA